AUGACUGAAUCCUAUCUGAGAUAACAAAAGUUGGUAACACAUACUUGGUCACCAGAUGGCUAAUAUGUUGCCCUAUCUAUUAAAAAUACCAGCAAUGCAGAUAUUUAUAAGGUUGGUUAAUUGGAGAAGAUUGGAACAUGGUAAAAGGUAUCCACUUUGAAGGAUGCAUCCUAAUAAAUUAAUGUGUUGUCUUGGUCAGUAGAUAACAAAAUUUUAAUUGGAAGUGAUGAUAGAAGCGUUUAUGUAUAUAGAAAUGUCAAUAAUACUUGGAGCAAAGAUUUAGUCAUUAUCACAAACGAGAAAGCAAUUUUGUCAGGAGAAUGGGCUCCAAAUGGAUAAAAAUGUGUAGUUGGGACUGCAUGUCAUAAAGCAUUUGUUUUAUUUUUUGAAGAAAAAAACAAUUGGUGGCAUAAUCAAUAGAUCAAUUGUUUCUAUUCAAGUGUAACCGCUUGUAGAUUCCAUCCAAGUGGAAGAGUAUUAGGAUUAGGAUCAACUGAUCAGACAUUUAAAUUAGUUUCAUGUGUUAUCUAAGAUAAUAUUAAUUCAGAGGAUUAGUCAUACAAUGGUCUUUUCAAAGACAUUAAAACAUUUGGAGAAAUCCUUGUUACAAUAAAUUUAAAUGGUUGGGUUAAUUCAAUUGAUUUUACUCAAUCAGGCAAAAAAUUUGCUGUUGCUGCACACACAGGAUUAAUUAAACAAUAUUCAUUUAAUGAUGAUGGAAGCCUGAUCGUUGAAAAUGAAGAUACAAAUGCUACUUAUAUCAAGGAGACUAAACCAUUUAAUAAAAUAUUAUAUUUGAAUGAUUCCACAAUGGUGGGAGUUGGAUAUGAUAGAAAGCCAGUUCUGUUGAAUUGUGAACCUACUUUGAAGUUUACAUCCAUUAUUGAGAAAUGCUUGGCUGCAGAAGGAGAAGUGUAGAAAUCUGGAAGUAUUGCUGCUGCAAAACAAAUGUUUUCUGGAAAAGGAUAGAAGACAGAAGAUGAUAAAUUCGGACAUUAGACUGCCAUCGCUUGCAUAAACAAAGUUAAUGAUAGCUUGAUAUCUACAAGUGAUGUUAAUGGUAUUAUUAACUUUUGGAGAAUAUGAUAUAAUAAAGCAAUCAUAUUACACAUAAAAAUAAUUAAAUAAAUUAUUAUAUUUUAAUCAACUUUUUU